CACAUGAUGAGUGAGUGAUUAGCCGGAAGAACCAGUCAGAGUGGGACCGCGCGCUCUUCCCUUUCUUCAAUGAGCCCUCCGCCUCCAAUCCUUUUUCAUCUCUAUCCCGCCUCCUUACGCUCUUUUCUCUUCUCGUACCUACAUCGUGCCUCUCAUACGUAUAUCUAUCUAGUCUUUCGUUAACCCCUCCUGCACCUGCAGUUCACUGAGUUUCCCCCCUUGAUAAGUACGAUCGUUUUUUCUCCCUUCUGUCACCUCCUAUCCCCUCGUUGGAAGUCUCCGGAGUAUCCGUCAGUCAUAGAGUCACGAGAUUGAAUCGCCUUGUCUUUCGCUGCAUCGCCUCCGGACCUUCGGAUCGAGACCACUUUGAUCGAUUUCAUCCCGCAUCACCCGCCCACCAUGCGAGUCUCCAGUCUUUCGUUUUUCUUAUACUCUUUGUCCCUGUUGGCCGCUGUCUCCGGUCAGAGCGUAGCGGUUACCGGUGGAGAUGUCGCUACCUCUAAGGAUGCCGCACCUACCGCGACAGAAGCGACCACAACAUCCACAUCGUCGACAUCAUCAACUUCUUCGUCUUCGUCCGAGUCUACAGAAAGCACAUCGACAACUAGUGAGACCAAGCCAACGACCACCAAGGCUGACCCCACAACAACAUCAACAUCAGACUCGUCAACUUCCACCACAGAUCCCCCUAAACCCACGGCCGACCAGCCAACGAAAACAUCGGCAUCAACCACCAGCGGACCUACAACAGAUAGCAACAACAACGACAACAACUCCCCAACUACAACGGACAACAGCUCGAAAACCACCCAAACUCCUGUUGUGAAGACCCUUACUACUAUCCAGACGGUCAGUGGAACGCCUGUUCACACCACGCUUACCACCACCUCGUCCGCUGCUGUAGGCGCAACCGACUCUCCUUCGCUGAACGGGGAAGAGAAGGACUCGAAGAGCUCGGGCCUCUCUUCUAACCAGAAGAAGACCAUCAUUGGUGUUGUUGUCGGUGUAGGUGGUGCAAUUCUGAUCGGUGCUCUUGGUGUCGUUGCCUGGAGGAUUCAUGCACGCAAGCGUAAUGCCCACGACAACGAUGAAGCUACGGACCUCAUGAGCGGUACCGCUGUCGGCUCCGGCGUUCGGGAGAAGGCUCCCAGCCCCGGGGCUGGUGGAACACCCUUCAAGAGCACUUUGGACCAAUACCAUAACCCCGGUCCUGUCAAUGCCGCGUCGAAUUUCUAAGCGAGCCAAGUGCUUGUCACUCCCCGGCGGUUUUAACGUGACAGCUUUCUUUGGCCGUACCUGGCCCUUGCAAUCUAGACGUGGGCAGAGUACAUGAUGGUCCAGUGAUUUCGACACUGUAAAGUUUGUACGAGUAUUACGCAGUUAUCAUUGGCGCUUGUUGGUGAAGAUAUAUUGGGUCUUUUUUUCUUUUUUCUCUUUUUUCCCCUUUGGUAUGCAACCUUCGAUGUCCUUGUUGAUUGCAUACAGUUCAUAUAGAACGCCUGUCAUUCCUUUCACAAGAUCACGCCCCUUUCCACGUACAGCGGUUUGUUUUAGCAUUCAUGGUUGGCUUGUUGUCUUUGAUUCCCCCGCUCGAAGCACUGGUUCUACGUAGAGAUACUGAGAUGUGCGGUAUCCUCCGUCUCACCGUCUCUUUCUGUUCGAUAGCUUGGUUGGACAAUCGUCUGGCGGUCCAACUAAACAAAAAAGCUUUUUUUUUUUUUUUUUGCCCUGAUAUAUAUGUAUUUAAUUGCCACAGAAACUAGCUCGAACGUGUUUUAUUCAGCACCA